AAUAAAGAAAUGUUUAUCUAGCUCUCGAGCAGUGUUGCUGAGAUUUGAUAUUUCCUUUGGUCUGCUAUUGGCCAGUAAACUCAGUGCUGGCAAUAGUAAAUAGAAAGCGUCCUAUUAUUAUUUUUUUUUAAUUUUGUAAACAAAAACCACGCAAUUGUCACGUGCCAUGUAUGUCAAAUGCAAAUAAAAUUUUUGUUGUUGAAUAACGUCUACUCAAAGGCCUUUGGACUCGAGUAUCUUACUCUGUAGAUAAGAUCAAGGGAACCGUUUAAACUAAUUAAGAAAGUGAGCAACUUGAAAAUGUCACUAAAAUUAAAGUUUUGUGCUAAUUUGUCGUUCAUGUUUCAAGAAACGAAUACACUAUUGGAAAGGUAUAUGGUAGCGAAGGAAGUAGGUUUCAAAGCCGUUGAAUGUGCUUUUCCGUACGAUUUCUCUGCAGACGCUGUUAAAACUGCAAAGGAAACUGCUGGUGUUGAACAGAUUUUGAUCAAUGUGUUCGUAGGCGAUGUUCGGAAGAAAGAGCUGGGUUUCGCUGCGAUUCCGGGCCAAGAGGAGAAAUUUAAAGAUAGCUUACAUAUGGCGAUCAAGUACGCAAAAGCACUCAACUGCAGGAGAGUGCACGUGAUGGCGGGGUAUGUCCCCGAGGUGAGUGAAGAGCACAACAAAGUGUACGAGAAGAACAUCCGGUACGCAGCAGCACAGUUCGAAGCUACGAAUAUCAUCGGCCUCAUCGAACCCAUCAACUCUUACUCUGUCCCGAACUACUUCCUCAACAGUUACGACAGAGGUGUGGAGGUUGUGAAGAAAAUUAAUAGCCCGAAUUUAAAACUUAUGCUGGAUCUUUUUCACCUGCAGUUCAUGAAAGGAAACCUGACAAACAACAUAAGGGAUUUACUUCCCAUCGUUGGUCACAUUCAGGCAGCGCAAGUGCCAAAUCGAAACGAACCAGAUACCAGUGGAGAAAUAGACUAUAGAUAUGUUUUCUCCUUGCUGGAAGAACUCGGAUACGAUGGCUGGAUAGGGCUGGAGUACAAGCCGCUCACUACCACCAAGGAAGGGCUCAAGUGGAUCAACAAUUUUGGAAUAAGCUUGUGAAACACAGCAGCCUGUAGUAUUCACUGGAAACAAUGGGUUUUGGAUAGGCAGGCAGUCACUUUGAGUCGAGACUUAACAUAACUAUGUGCUCGUCUCGUAUGGCCAGUUGCGAGUCAUUAGCUGGUUUGUUCCUUGUUGGAUAUUUUCUGUUGCACCAUUGAGUUUUGAGCGCUGAGCGAAGAUCAUCGGGAACUUCGAUGUAGACAGACUCUCGAGUCGGUUCAUGGCAAUGAUCUGGGAUCGACACUGGCCCAGCAGAUAUGACUGCCAUUUUCACGGACUUUAUGGAUGUAAAUUUAAUCAGAUGUUAAUAUUAGAUUCUUCUUUUUUUUAAAAAAAAGCAGAUCAUAUAUAACACAUGUAUCAAAAAUUUUACUUAUUCUAGUAGUAGAACCUCUUCUCACAUGACCUCCCAUAUUUUAAAUGCAUAAAAAACUUGUUAUUUUAGUUUAAUGUUUAAAUAUUUUGCCAUGAUUACUUUGAAUAUUACAGGGUGCGGCGCAGAAACUUGCUAAUUUGAAAGGCCAAUAAAAAAUAAAGUAGUAAAUAUAUCAUUAUA